AUGCCUUCCUCGGGCUACCUGAUUAGCAAUGUUUCUACUUCAAACCAAGUAGAAUGGACGACAACGGCAAUCUACACUAGCAGUGUCUACUCAACAGAGGGUAGUGUCACCACUGAAACAGUGCCUCUGUAUACAACAGUGUAUCCGGUCAAAGAGGUCAUGGAGACAUCUAAGCCUCUGCCACAGUGCAGCAAGGCUCCCGUUUCUAGCAGUGCCCCUGUGGCAUCAGAGACUCGUGUGCCGGCUAGCUCUGGUGUUAUGACAAGAGAGACCACAGCACCGAACGUCUGUUCAACAAACACCUACAUGGUCACAUCGUGCGCUCCGGAAGUGGCAGACCGUCCAGUCAAAGUUGGACAAGUGACUACCGGGAUGUUAGCCUCGUCGACUACGGUCUGUCCAGUCACUGAGAUGAAGGAGAGCGUGUCGCCCGGCUUGGGUGCAGGCGUGCACUCAGCGGAAGCCGUAGUCCUCAGCAAUACCAUGUCCGGCUCGUUGCAGGCGGUCAUAACUACGAUUGCCUGCCAGGACACGCCGAUGCCUUCAUCACACGCACCGUCGUCCGCAACUGCCGCGGCACCCACCGACACCAGCGAACCUGCCACAACCCUAACGUUCGGCACCUACUUCACGACCACCAUUCAGUACGCGACCGGUACCCCUGCUGGCCCGGCAUCAGAUGUCCCAAGCUACCAGUAUAACGGCAUCAAGAGCACUGCCGCCAUGAGGCUACCAGCUCUUCUGCCUAAGGCUACUAUUCCCCUCAUGUGA